CAUGACCUCUCCUCAGUGAGGCCUGAGAUUCUUUCAAACGGGAGCUUUGCUUCCCAUGACGCAGAGCGAAGUGUCAACUGGGAUAUUUCUAGUAAAACUGAAAGCAAGAGGAGCAGGGUGCAUAAUUCACGAGGGACCAGCCCCUAGGAACUGUGGGUGGGGUUUGGUGGGGGUUUGGAUGCCAUCCUCAAGUCACAGAUGAUUGGACCUUUCAUCUGAGAGAAAGGAAGACACACGCUGGCGAAUCAACCUCAAAGUCAAGAUUGUCUGUGAAGCCAUCAUAGAGGGAAAACCUGCACACACCAGCCAGAGGGAAAGACCUAAAAGGCAAGAAGGGCGCGAACUGAGACAGACUCGUCACUGCGGCAACUACUCAUCAGAACCAGAAGCAAAAUGUCGCUGAAGUUGCCAAGAAACUGGGACUUCAACCUGAAAGGAGAGGCUGGGAAAAUAGCUCGGUCCAAGAGUGUGAUGACCGGUGAGCCGAUGGCGGCCUUCCACGCGUCAUCCACUCCCAACCCGCUGGAAAGGCCUAUCAAGAUGGGCUGGCUGAAGAAACAGAGGUCCAUCGUGAAAAACUGGCAGCAGAGGUACUUCGUGCUGAGGGCACAGCAGCUCUACUACUACAAGGACGAAGAGGACACGAAGCCACAGGGUUGUAUGUAUCUACCAGGGAGUACGAUCAGGGAGAUUGCCACCAACCCAGAAGAAGCAGGGAAGUUUGUCUUUGAAAUCAUUCCAGGUUCAUUGGACCAGAGUCGCAUAGGACAGGACUCCCAUGUCCUCAUGGCCAGCUCCCAGGCAGAGAUGGAGGAGUGGGUUAAAUUCCUUAGGAGAGUUGCUGGCACACCGUCUGGAGCGGUGUUUGGCCAGCGCUUGGAUGAGACGGUGGCCUACGAGCAGAAAUUUGGCCCCCACCUUGUGCCCAUCCUUGUGGAGAAGUGUGCGGAGUUCAUCCUCGAGCACGGCCUGAAUGAAGAGGGCAUCUUCCGACUGCCUGGGCAGGACAACCAGGUGAAGCAGCUCAGAGAUGCUUUUGAUGCAGGGGAGAGGCCCUCCUUUGACAGAGAUACAGACGUGCACACAGUGGCCUCCCUGUUAAAGCUCUACCUCCGAGACCUCCCAGAGCCGGUGGUUCCCUGGAGCCAGUACGAGGGGUUCCUGCUCUGCGGGCGUCUCAUGAAUGCCGAUGAGGCAAAGGCUCAGCAGGAGUUGAUGAAGCAGCUUUCCGUCCUUCCUCGGGACAACUACAGCCUCCUGAGCUACAUCUGCAGGUUCCUACACGAAAUCCAGCUGAACUGUGCUGUUAACAAGAUGAGUGUGGAUAAUCUGGCUACUGUGAUUGGUGUGAAUCUCAUCAGGUCAAAGAUAGAAGACCCUGCUGUGAUUAUGAGAGGAACUCCUCAGAUCCAAAGAGUGAUGACCAUGAUGAUCCGAGACCAUGAAGUCCUCUUCCCCAAGUCCAAGGAUGCACCCCUGUCACCCCCAGCCCCCCAAAAUGACCCCAAGAAGCCUCCAGUGGCUCGAAGCUCUGUGGGCUGGGAUGCCUCUGAAGACGCUCCAAUUUCUAGGACAAACAGCUUCAGUAACACGACCAGCGACUCGGAAGCAACCAGCCCCACUGGACAACAGCCGAGUGACGUGUGUCUGGAAGACAGUAGCAAAGCUCCCAGGGGAAAACCAGGAGACUGGAAGCUGCAAUCACGAAAAAGGACUCAGACACUCCCUAAUCGGAAAUGUUUCUUGACAGCAUCUUUUCAAGGUGCCAACAGCAGCAAAAUGGAGAUCUUUAAAACUGAGUUCUGGUCUUCUUCAGAAGUGAAGGCAGGGGACGGGCAUAGGAGAACAAUGUCUCAAGGUGUGUCCAACCUUUCUGACUCCCAGAGGACUUCCACCUAUGAUAACAUCCCUACGCUGCCAGGGUCCCCUGGGAAUGAAGCAGGCACACUCUCCUCCCAUGCCUGUGACUCCAAGAGAGAUACUCUUUCCAGCCCAAACUCUGAAACCAGGCCUGGGACAAAGAACUCUGGAGAAGAGGAACUUGAAUCUUUGCAAAAGAUGGUUCAGGAGCUGCAAAAGGCAAUAGAAACACAGAAACAAAUGUAUGAAGAACAGAUUAAAAACCUUGAGAAGGAAAACUAUGAUGUCUGGGCUAAGGUGGUGAGGCUCAAUGAAGAACUAGAGAAGGAGAAGAAGAGGUCUGCAGCCUUGGAAAUCAGCCUCCGCAACGUGGAGCGCUCCCGGGAGGAUGUUGAGAGGAGGAACAAAACCUUAGAAGCAGAGGUCAAGGAAUUUGUCAAAUUGAUGAAGGAGCCCAAGGUUGAUGCAUGAAGGUCCCAGGGGCCCACAGAGGCCCAACACUGCUCCCUUUCUCCUUGCUACCUGAUGUCUGGGAAGCCAAAGUACUCCCUAGGAGGAGAGGACAUCUGGGGGUGGGAGGUGGGGAACAUCACAUUUCCCAGUAAAUAAAUCAGUGGAAUUUGCAGGAAGAUAAGCGUGAGCAGGAUGUCUGCAGACAUCUAUGACUGCCUGUGGCUGUAUUGAAAAGGAUUGCAUUAUUCCACUGUGGUCUCAGGCUGAAAUGGAACCUUCCGUGGCUGGAUGGCUAUGUCCAAUGGAGGCAUUUGAGGCGGGCCUCAUCCCAGGACCCAGGGAGCAGGCCUCCCCCAAACAAGGCUGGGCUGAGGCUCAGUUCUUUGUUUUCUGUGUGGAACAAUUCACUUAGUCAAAUGGCCUCAGGGCAUCUCUGAGACACAAGGGCUGAAAAUGAUUUCCCCGUUUAAGUGCUCACCAUGGUUUUGAGCGGAUGGCCCUGCUGAAGCCAGAGCCCCAUGCUACCGCUCCCAUAGUGAUGCACAAUCUCCAGGACUUGGAAACUCAAAAUUAUUAGCUUAAGAAAAAAUGGACAAUAAACUGUAUUUAUGAAAGCAAAUCAAUGAAAAAAGUAUACUCAAAUAAACAA